AAGAUGUUCGCUAGAGCGGGCUGUGGCGUGCGGCGUGUACUUGUAGCCCCGCGACGUGGAUAUGCCUCUAUUUCGCCUGCCGUGAACCCCGGCUCUGUAGGGCCGUUUCAAGUCUUUGACAGAAAGGUUAAGGCUCUGCAGAAGGACCGAUCAGCGAUACUUGAAGAUGGCAAGCGCAGUCGGACUGUGGAUUACAUCCGGGAGGAGGUCGCGGACAGGAUGAUAGAGCGACUGCUAGACAUCAAGCGUAGAUACAACGCUAUCUUGGACCUAGGUUCAGGUCCAGGCCACUUGUCAAAAAUGCUCGAGCCACACAUGACUCGAAAGGUCGUUAUGCUUGACUCCAGCGAAAAGCUACUCAAUCGUGACCCGGACUCCGAGUUCGAAGUGGAAGUGGAACGUGUACACGGAGACGAAGAGCGACUCCUAGAAAGCAUACCAAGGAACUCGCAAGAGGCGAUCGUGUCGUGUAUGAGCCUGCACUGGGUGAACGACCUUCCUGGAAUCCUGGUGCAAAUCAAAGAGGCCCUACAGCCGGAUGGCGUAUUCCUCGGAGCUCUUCUUGGAGGUGACACUCUCUUCGAGCUAAGGACAUCAUUGCAGCUGGCAGAAGCUGAACGAGAAGGCGGUAUAUCACCACAUGUCUCUCCUAUGACUGACUCCAGGGACAUGUCAAAUUUGAUGGGCCGAGCCGGUUUUACGUUGUUGACGGUGGAUGUUGAUGAAGUCAAGGUCAACUAUCCGUCAAUGUGGGAGCUCAUGGAUGACCUGCGUGACAUGGGCGAGAGUAACGCGGUUGUCGGACGUCGUCAUAUUAUCCAUCGCGACACUCUUGCUGCCGCUUCCGCGAUAUACGAAGCAUUGCACGGAAACGAAGACGGUAGUCUGCCCGCAACUUUCCAGGUUAUCUACGUGAUCGGAUGGAAACCAGCACCGAACCAGCCCAAAGCACUAGAGCGAGGCACCGGAAAGACAAGUCUCAAAGAUGUUUUGUAAUGUCAAUAGGUACACAUAUCGCAACUAUGAUUCAGGCUGUUCUGAAACCUCUAGAUGAGCGUCGACCAUUGUAAUUGCGAGACCGUUCUCAGUCGUUAUUUCGGUGUCCUGGGGCGCCGCUACCGAAAUGCUCAUCUCACCUCCCUCAGCCUCUACGUCGGCAUCUGUGACCUCGUCAUUCUCGACCUCUUCGCGCAUUUCUUCGUCGUCUAGAGCUAAUGCAUCAAGAAUUACCCGUCUUGACUCACUGUCGAGCUCGGCGUGGUCUUGUCCAUCACCAGUUUCCGGCUGCUGAGACCCACGCGCAGCGCUCCCACGUCUGCUAUCUUUGCCUUUUUCGUUGAAUUUUCGCUUAGGUAUAAUCUGUUCGAAAGCAGUUUUCCAGUCUCGCGUCUCGACCCACUCCAGUAGGAUCUCAAACGUCUGGUUAACCGUUAGGACCUUCCUCGUCUUCAGCUCAGCCAGGUAUGUCCCUAUCGGGAGUCGAGCCGUGCGUAUGUGCGAGGCCUCCGCUUUAUUGAGGCAUAGAUUCUUUAGAGAAGGUCAGCUCUCGUCGACAGUAAACAUUGGACACGUGUACCUUGUAGCGGUUAUGGUCAACUAUUCCUCCAAUGAUAUAAGUUUCGCCUUCCUUCAGUUCCGUAAGCUCAUAUGUACUGUCUGCGGUAAGGUAGAUCACGCUUUCUCGAGAGGCAGUCUGCGGAUUCUUCUGGAGUUUCAGAGUAUUCUUCUCCCUUUCCCUAUCCCCGGCCCCCUGUUCGCUUGCCUUCUCGUCGCUCACAGCUGUGGCUUUUUCCUCUGUUUUCCUUUCCCAAAGCCUCUCAUAGCCCUCAUGCCACCAUUCGGUCUCUCUCCACCGUCUAUAGCCAGCAUCGCUCAUAGACUCUAGUCGCGUGUGUGUCCGUCCACCGAGGCUUGUGUACAACAGCGCAGCAAACGGGUGCGAUGCUUUCUUGUUCGCGUUGUAUGUGUACCCAAGCUGGUUCGUUAACGACUUGACUUCCUGCAAUCCCUCUCUCGUUAAUCGCCUUCUCAGCAACACACGCGCGGAGUCCUCACGUUCUCGGUCAUCAAGUCGUCGAACCCAAGGUCGACGAUAAUCCGCGCCUGGAAGGGGGUCCGCGGGCCCUCAGUACGAGACUUCUUGCGGGGCUGCUCGUCGCCGUCCAACUCGCCUGCCGCUCGCUUUGCCGCGAGCUCGCGCUUCUUCUCUUUCUUUUUCUCCUUCUCGUACGCUCGCCGGUCCUUUUUCUGCUCAGCCAUGCGCGUGGCCUUCGCGAGUUUUUUCUGAGCAUUUUUCGAGAGAGGUUGAGACUGCUGGGAUGGCGGGGGCGCCGGAGUGGUGACGGAGGCGCAAGACGCGUCGGCGGGAAUGGUAGCCGAGGGAGAAGCAGUCGUCUCUAUCGUCUGCGCGUGUGGUUCUGCUGUCAUUGCCCAAAGCAGGUUUUCAAAAGUCAAGCUUCAAGCUCAAGAGGCAAGAGGCCGAAGAGAAUAUAUCGGAAUGCGGAGCGCUGAACGCUUUGUGCAAUGACGAUAUGGGGAAAGAGGGAGGCAAUUGAUCGCGCUCGUGGGCUCGUGAGUAGCAUCGAUACAUGCCCAGGACUUCACAGCUCUUCCUCCUCUUCGUCGGUCUUGCUGGCCUUUGGUGCUCUUACUCUCUCUUCUCCAGGACUUCCGGCGGUAUCGAGACUGAACCUAUGGCAGCGCUGCAGCCACUCAAAGUUCUGAGCGUUGCAGCUCGUGCGAGGCACAGCGCGACCGUGAUCUUCGUGCAUGGCCUGGGAGACAGCGGCUAUGGCUGGCAGCCAGUCGCAUCCAUGUUUGGCAGCGUUCCUGCCUUGCAGCACAUUAAAUGGAUAUUGCCACACGCACUGCCAAUGCCAGUAACUGCAAACGGCGGUAUGGUCAUGCCGUCCUGGUGAGUCCCAUAGGGUCUCACCU